AUGGAGAGGACAAAAACUGUUAAGCCAAUUUAUAAUGAUCAUAACAAUUCUCCUUCAUCAACCUUAGAGUUGAUUCCUCUGAGUGUAUUCGAUAAGUACACCUACAACACCGAAGCUGCUUUUAUUUUUGGGUAUCAGCCACCAACACCACCCAAUGCCACCAUUGAGUACGGUCUCAGAAGAGUCUUAUCAGAAUACAGAGAGUUCACCGGCAGAUUCGGAGAAGACGAGAAAGGCGAUCCGGUCAUUGUUUUGAAUGACAAAGGAGCCAAGCUAGUCGAAGCAUCGGCGGACUGUAAGCUGGAUCCGGUGCCGAUGAAGCCGUCUCCUGCUCUACGUUGCCUUUAUCCUAGCUUGAACGAGGGAGAGGAGCUAGUGGUGGUUCAGCUCACAAGAUUCACCUGUGGCUCUUUGGUCGUUGGAUUUACGGUGCACCAUUGGGUUGGUGAUGGAAGUUCACUCUUUAAGUUCUUGGUUGAUUGGGGAAAAGUUUGUCGUGGAAUCGAGAUUAGCACGCUUCCUUUACAUGAUCGAACCAUCUUUAAGCCUAGAAAUCCUCCACCGUUCGAGUAUGAACAUAGAGGAGUUAAGUUCAUCGAAACAUUGCUCAAAGGUUGCGCGAGUAAUGUAGAAAGCAACAAUGAUAUUGUAGUUGAGAAAGUUCAUUUUACAGUGGAAUUUCUUUCCAAGAUCAAAGCUAUGACCAAGCCAUACGGGACUUUCGCAAGCUUGGUUGCUCAUCUGUGGCGAGUUUUAACAAAAGCUCGCGGAAUCAAUGGAUUCGAAGCGAGCCAUGUUAUUGUCUCUGUCAAUGGUCGCACGAGAAUGACUCCAAAAGUUCCCAAUGAGUACAUUGGCAACAUGGUGCUAUGGGCAUUUCCAAGUGCAAAAAUCAAUGAAAUACUGCAGCAAUCAAUGCGUGAUGAGUCUAAACUCAUUCACGACGCAAUUGCAAAUGUCGAUAACAACUAUUUCCAAUCAUUCGUCGACUUUGCUACGCAUAAGUUAGCAAUAGAAGAAGUUAGUCCACAUGCAAAAUCAAGCGAUAACUUUACUCUUAGCCCGAAUUUGGAGGUGACUAGCUGGGUGGGAUUCCCGGUUUAUGAUGUCGAUUUUGGAGGCGGUAGUCCUUAUAUGUUCUUGCCAGCUUAUUUUCCGAUGGAGGGAGUGAUCUUUCUCAUACCAUCACCUGCAAGAGAUGGAAGCAUUGAUGCCUUUGUUUGUCUUCUCCAAAGCAUUUUGUCCAAGUUUAAGCACAUUGUCUAUACACCACAGGAUCAUGGCCAGAGCCACCUCUAGUC